GUGUGUGUGUGUAUGUGUCACCACUUUUCUCUGACAUUCCUGUGCGGAGCGCAGAGACGGUGCGCUUGGCUGCAGGGAGGCAGAGCUCCAUAUCGAACUCCAUUAGCAAAAACAAGGACUUUUACCCAGAAAAACAUGAGGGACAUUAUUUCCUUCCUCGAGGCUGCAGCUCGUCUCUUCUCGUCGUGAUCAUCCCUCUGAUUCUGAACUCCCAAUUUUGGGAGAUCUGCCUGCAAGUGAGCUGAGACGUCUCACAUUCUCAACGAGGGGGUUUCUACAAAAGCAUCCUUUUGUAUCCCUACCACUCUUCCUUUUCCUCUUCAUCUCUUCCCUGGAGGCGGAUUCCAAACUUCGGACUGCAAGAGUUGGGACACACUUUUUGAGAAGCAUAAAAGGGACAAGGGCAUAGUGUUGCAACUGCUUCCAAAGAGGCCCUGGCUCCUGUAAAGAUGGCUGACGUGGUGCAGCCAGACACAAACAGCCUGCAGAUCCCAGGUGAUGAUUUAUCGGCCCCUUCGUCGCCUGCCACGGCGAGAAUCGACUGCAGCAUCACACCCCUCACGCCCUCACCCUCACCAAGGGUGGAGGUCCGACCCAGGAUGGCCUGCCCGUUCUCCGUCGUCGUGGCGAUCGAUUUCGGGACGACCUCCAGUGGCUAUGCGUUCAGCUUCACAAAGGAUUCAGACGCCAUACACAUGAUGAAGCGCUGGGAGGGUGGCGACCCCGGGGUGGCCAAUCAGAAGAGCCCGACGUGUUUGCUGCUGACUCCUGAUUUGCGGUUCCACAGUUUUGGGUUUGCGGCGCGGGACUUCUACCACGACCUGGACCCAGAAGAGGCCCGGCACUGGCUCUACUUCGAUAAAUUUAAAAUGAAGAUCCACAGCACAAGUGACCUCUCCAUGGAGACAGAGCUGGAUGCGGUCAACGGACGCAAGGUCAGGGCCAUCGAGGUGUUCGCCCACGCCCUGCGCUUCUUCAGGGAACAUGCUCUGAAGGAGGUGAAGGACCAGUCUUCAUCAGUGCUGGAGGGAGAGGAUAUCAGAUGGGUGAUCACGGUCCCCGCGGUGUGGAGACAACCUGCCAAACAGUUCAUGAGAGAGGCCGCAUACCUGGCUGGCCUGGUGGCCCCCGACUGUCCGGAGCAGCUCCUCAUCGCUCUGGAACCGGAGGCUGCGUCCAUUUACUGCCGCAAGCUCCGCCUCCACCAGGUGCUUGACCUCAGCCUGCAGCCAAUCACGAACGGCCUCGAUCUGGACGGGUCCCGGGCCUUCGACUCCAGCUUCAGACAAGCGAGGGAGCAGCUGAGGCGAUCCAGACACAGCAGGACCUUCCUGGUGGAGAGCGGAACCGGAGAGCUGUGGUCGGAGCUGCAGACUGGUGACAGGUACGUUGUUGCAGACUGCGGAGGAGGAACAGUCGACCUGACCGUCCAUCAGAUCGAGCAGCCACAGGGCACACUCAAAGAGCUCUACAAGGCCUCAGGCGGUCCGUACGGGGCCGUCGGCGUGGACCUGGCCUUCGAGGCCAUGCUGUGCCAGAUCUUUGGGGAGGACUUCAUCCAGAGCUUCAAGGCCAAGCGUCCGGCCGCCUGGGUGGACCUCACCAUUGCAUUCGAGGCGAGGAAGCGGACGGCGGCGCCAGGCAGGGCCAACGCCCUCAACAUCUCGCUGCCCUUUUCUUUCAUAGAUUACUACAAGAGGCACAGAGGGCAGAGUGUGGAGGCCGCGCUGAGGAGGAGCAAUAUGAACAUAGUGAAGUGGUCGUCCCAGGGGAUGCUGCGACUGACACAGGAGGCCAUGAAUGAGCUCUUCCAGCCCACUAUUGUCAACAUUGUCAAACACAUUGAGGAGCUGAUGGUGAAGCCGGAGGUACACGGCGUGCGUUUCCUCUUCCUCGUUGGAGGUUUUGCAGAGUCGCCUAUGCUGCAGAAAGCAAUCCAGAAGGCGUUUGGGCGGACGUGCCGCAUCAUCAUCCCCCAUGACGUUGGCCUGACCAUACUGAAGGGCGCCGUGCUCUUUGGGCUGGAUCCCACUGUGGUCCGAGUGCGUCGAUGCCCCUUGACCUACGGCGUCGGUGUGUUGAACCGGUUUGUGGAGGGGCGCCACCCUCGAGACAAACUACUCAUCAAAGACGGCCGCGAGUGGUGCACCGACAUCUUCGACCGCUUCGUCUGCCUUGACCAGUCGGUGGCUCUGGGCGAGGUCGUGCGACGCAGCUACACGCCCGCUCGCCUGGGCCAACGAAAGAUCAUCAUCAACAUCUACUGCAGUGCUACAGACGACAUCACGUACAUCUCAGACCCCGGCGUCAGGAAAUGUGGCACGAUAACUUUAGACCUACCGGAGCCGUUGCCGCCGCCGGGCGCAGUGGGGGGAGCAGGGGGAGGAGGCCAGGAGAGGAGGGAGAUCAGAGCGACCAUGCAGUUUGGGGACACAGAGAUCAAAGUGACAGCCGCUGACGUCAUGUCGAACCGCUCCGUGCGGGCUUCCAUAGACUUCCUGUCUAACUGAGGAGGAGCAGGAAGUGGAGACAAGGAAGUAGCUGAUUUCAAGGAUGAUAAUUUUAGAAAAAGCGGUACUUUGGGAGUGGGCCCCGGAUAUUGUGGGAGGGUGAGGACCUUUGGAUUCGCACUAGAAACUCAUGACAUUUAGGCUUUUCAUUUAACCACUAGAGCAGAAAAAACAUCAUGAACUUAAAAAGAAUGAAAAUUGAACUCAACAGUGACGUGCUCUCUAAAACCCAAAAUGUCUGCCCUCUGGCUUCAGUGGAGUGAGACGAACAGGUGAGGUACUGUAAGAUUAUCCAACCUGCGUGAGAACUUCAGCCUCUGUGGACGUUUAUUAAUCAGUUACCUGGAGAAACUCGACCGAAUGAAGAAACUACCUGGAGUGACACUCACUCAUAAACGUAUUAAAUCAACGUUAACGUAAACUGCCUUUUCUCUCAUACACUUAAUAAUACCUCAUUUAAAUCCUAUUUCUAUACUAAAAUAUAUGAGAUUUUGAUGCUACUACCUAAGCUUUAGCUUUGUCUCUUUGGCGCAAUUGUGAUUGUGCACCACCUAGUGGUGAAAAUAUUGAAUUACAAGUUGAAAAUCUUGGAAAACAGAAAUUGUCACAAGUCAUGUAGAAGGAAGGAAGUGUCGCUAACAGGGUAUUAAAAAUAAAUAUUUCAUUCGCAAUUUCAUAUGCAUGUCUGACAGAUGUUACCCUGUAUGUGUGAGGCUGAACAUACUGUACUUGGGUUGAUCUGAUCGCUCCUGGUAACUUUCCAUCGGUUCUUUAAAGACAUUAUUAAUGUUUCAAAACCUCAGAACGAGCAGAUUAGAGCUGUGUUUUUUUAUUCUUCUUUGGUCACUGAAGGGUGAUCGAUCAAGCUGCAAACACAACACUGACACACAUUUUUUGUUGUUGCAGCCUUGUGCAAAAGUAAAGUUUAAAAAGGAAAAUGUCAUCAAUCCACAUUCAAUACCACACCGUGUUAAAGUGAAUAAUAUUGAAUAAUAAUUAUAAAGGAAAAACUGGAAUAUCACAUUGACAUGAGUAUCUCUGUCCCUUUGCCACGACACAUGAAACCAAGCACAGGGGCCUCGCAUUUAUCUGCAUCAUCUAUGAGAUCAUUCUUGAGCUUUCGCAAUCAGAGCUCCUCCAUUAUGGAAUUCACACCCUAUCCAAGUUUGACGGCCUGAUUCUGUAGCUUCUUUUAAAUCCCUUUAUUUUGUUAUAUAUGAAACAAUGUUAUUGUUCUUUUUUCUCUACUCUUUGUUUUAUCCUCUUUUCUUAUUGUCUGCCUGGUGUUCUUUCUUCCUUGUAGAGCACUUUGUAAUUUUGUUUUAAAAAGGUGCUAUAAAAUAAAGUUUAUUUUUAAUUAUGAGAAACAGAGAUAGCAAAGGACCCGAUGGUCCCCGUGGCUGAUCCCCAACUCUGAUGUGCUUUUACAGCUGUGAGGUGUGUCUUUCCAAAUUAUGUCCAACCAGCUGAAUGUAGCACCGGAGGAAUCAGCUACAUUUCAAGUGUCAGAGACUGAACACUUGUGUCAAUGUGAUAAUUCAGUUCAUCACUUUUUUUAAUACAAAUUAUUUUUGCGUAUGGCUACAAAAAAGUUGAAAUUUUUGUGAAUGCAUUGUACUAUGUGCACAUCCUGAUCAUGUUUAUAAAUUGCCUCUUUAUACACCAAUUAUACAAUAAUCUGAAUUAGCAUGGGGAGUAAAGAUCACCAUUCUUAUUGCACUUAGUAAAUUCAGUUCCAGUGCAGUUAUUGGUUAAUGCAGCUGUAGGUGGAAGAACUAUAUGGAUGGUUUGGUCGGUUUGUAUUUUUCAGACCUGAAGACAUCAGCCUGUCAAAUCCAAGUCAGAAAAUGACCUCUAUAUUGUGUAUGCUUUAAUAAACUGUAUCCAUGGUUAUAAAUAAAGUAAAACAAAACUUAUGAACCACGAACUCCAAAAAAAUGCAAUGAUUUUUUUAUGCGCCCCACUUCGCAUUUAAAGAUGUUUCUGCUGUAGCGCCUUCUGAGCACCAUUAAUUAGCACAAAAUGGUGAAUUUUAAAUCCUGUAGUACUAACUAGUUUGCAUCUCCCUUCUCCACAUGCCUGCCCACCAAAACUUUGCUCUGUGCUGAAAGAGUAGUAAACAUUAUGAUUUGGAUUGAGAUACCAAAGAGAAAACAGAUCAUGAGGCUGUGAUAUUGCACAAGCACAGACGCACAGAGCCAGUGAGAGAACAGAGGAGACAUUGUUGUUAAAUAGAUAGACAAUGACCAAUCACUUUUACAGACAACAGUUUGAUUUCAGCUGUGAAUUUAUUGAUAAGAAUGGUCCAAUAAAUAGUUUCCCACAGCGCAUACAAUGAAUGGUUCAGAACUGCUCGACAUCAGUGCUCAAUUUUUCAUGUUACACAGUUUGUCACGUAACAGAAAAAAACAAACCAGAUUAGAAGUGACAGAAUGGCUCCUUCAGGUCAGAGAGGAAGCGCCGACCUUGAAGGGACAGGAGUGUUUGUUUCAAAAACCAACGAGGGGGAUCGAUCUUAUUCUUGUAUUUCACAAUAAUUUCCCAGUAACAUGGCCACAGGUGGAACCAGACAAUGCGUUAAGUGUCUAACAGCUAGUCAAAGCUUGGC